AUGCAUCAAAAGUCAGGCUCAGCUAGUGCAGCUUGUGCGUCGUCGACGUCGAGGUCAUUGCCGCUGUUUUCACUUUUUCGGCGAAAAAGACUCCGAUCCCUCCAAACAGUUUUUCCCAUUCUCCUUGGCGUUGUCCUUGUAGCUGGUGCCCAUGUUGGCAUUGCCACAGCAACAUACCCCCUUACGGACGUCAUGAGGGGUCCGCAGGGAGGUCCAGACAGAGGAGAUGCCCCCAAUUCCUCCGUCUGUCGACAUGCCUUACAGCAAAUUCCAGGACAUUCAGCGAAAUGUGACGUUGCUAGGGAUUUCCGAGGUUGUCGUUUUGACUCUGGAUUUAUCUCCUAUUUGGAGUUUCUGUAUUGCCAGUUUUCAUCACCUGUUGUGCCCACUGUUCUUAUGGUUUUGUGGCUAUUCACCUUACUCGGUGCCUUCGCAGUUAUCGCCGACUCUUUCUUUAGUCCAUCAUUAAUCGCUCUAGCGCGUUCAAUGCACAUGAGUCAAAAUCUUGCGGGUGUAACGUUAUUGGCAUUUGGAAACGGAGCACCUGAUGUAUUCAGCGCAGUUACCGCAAUCACAACUGGAAAUCCUGAGGCUCCCGACGAAGGUCUCGGUCUGGGAUUUCUCAUGGGCUCGGGGCUCUUGGUAAACACGGUCACUGCUGGACUGAUUAUGAUAAUCCGACCAUUUGCCACAAAUCGUCGACCAUUUAUAAAAGAUGUUAUCUUCUACAUGAGCGCUGUGAGCUGGAGUGCAGUCAUUCUCAUUCGACGCUCCAUUAAACUCAGCGAUUCCAUAGGUUUUAUUAUGUUGUACAUACUCUACGUUAUUACAACGUGGGCAGCAAGUCACGUCCGUUUGAAGAAAUCAAAUACUCAAGUAUAUCGUCGCUGUGCCAAUUACUUGAAGGAUUUCAAAAAUAAGCUCAUUUGCAAACGCGCUAUGUCCGGCAGAGAGGGUGUUGUUGUUGAAAACGAAAAGGGCCCCUCAGUUAAGACCUCCUGGUGGACAAGAUUCAGAAGUCUUUUUCGAAUCCGAAGAGCCGUUAUCGAUACUAUAAACGUCGAAGAUCCCAGAAGUAGAUCCAAAAGGUCAACCGAAAAACAGUCGGAAGAAAUAGAUGGUACUGUUCAUUACCUUGUUAAUUGA